CUGCUGAUUGGUUCUCAGUCGUAUCCGGUGGGGCAGCGGUCCAAGGCUCGGGAAAAAAAAAUCGAAGCGAGCAGGAAGAUCUGGUAACGGUGCGCUUUGUGAAAAAUAUCAUCGAGUCUUUAUCGAAAGGCUCGGUGGGAUUUUACAGUUUUUCGUUAAGGUCAGAGGUCAUAGAGCAGGGUUGCGGCUGUCGUCAUGGCAUCUGGAAGUACGAGCAGCGAGGAGGAGCGGAGCCUCAGGGAGUGUGAGCAGUACGUGCAGAAACACAACAUCCAGCAGCUGCUGAAGGACUGCAUCGUCCAGCUGUGCACCUCCAGGCCCGACCGGCCCAUGGCGUUCCUCAGGGAAUACUUUGAGAGGCUGGAAAAGGAGGAGGCCAAGCAGAUUCAGAGCCAGCAGAAGGCCAGCAGCUCCCGCUCAGACUCGCGCGAUGAAGAAGUGUCUCCACCCAUGAACCCAGUGGUGAAGGGUCGCCGGCGGAGAGGAGCCUUCAGCGCAGAGGUUUACACAGAGGAGGACGCAGCCUCGUACGUCAGGAAGGUGAUUCCAAAAGACUACAAAACCAUGGCUGCUUUGGCUAAAGCCAUUGAAAAGAAUGUGCUCUUCUCACAUCUGGACGACAAUGAAAGGAGUGACAUAUUCGAUGCCAUGUUUCCAGUCACCUACAUUGCUGGGGAAACAGUUAUUCAGCAAGGUGAUGAAGGGGACAAUUUCUACGUCAUUGACCAAGGAGAGAUGGAUGUGUACGUGAACAACGAGUGGGUGACCAGCAUCGGAGAGGGAGGCAGCUUUGGAGAGCUGGCACUCAUCUACGGCACCCCGAGAGCGGCUACAGUCAGAGCCAAGACCAACGUGAAGCUGUGGGGCAUCGACAGAGACAGCUACAGGAGAAUACUCAUGGGAAGCACUUUGAGAAAGAGGAAGAUGUAUGAGGAAUUCCUCAGGAAAGUGUCCAUUUUAGAGUCUCUUGAUAAGUGGGAGCGUCUGACGGUGGCCGAUGCCUUAGAGCCCGUUCAGUUUGAGGACGGCCAGAAGAUCGUGGUGCAGGGCGAACCCGGAGAUGAGUUCUUCAUCAUUUUAGAGGGUUCAGCAGCUGUCUUGCAGCGUCGCUCCGAGAAUGAAGAAUUUGUUGAAGUAGGAAGAUUAGGACCGUCUGACUACUUUGGUGAGAUCGCUCUGCUGAUGAACCGCCCUCGUGCUGCCACAGUGGUCGCCCGCGGCCCCCUGAAGUGCGUGAAGCUGGACCGGCCCCGUUUCGAGCGCGUCCUGGGCCCCUGCUCAGACAUUCUGAAACGCAACAUCCAGCAGUACAACAGCUUCGUGUCGCUGUCUGUCUGAGGGAGGAGCGCCGUUCCCCAUCUUCUUUUUCUGUCCCCCUCUCCUCUUCCUCCUCCUCCUCCCCCUCCUCCUCACCUUCUCUUCUUUCAGACCCAGGGUCCACAAAUGCAAUUUGCUUUUUGUUGUUACUUUGCUCUCACUUAUUUUAUUUUUUGGCUUUUGAGUUCUCUUUGUUUUACUCAAAUGGAUUUUUGCCGUCUCCACGUGUCUCGCUGUGGUGACUUUCAGCCACUCACCAGCGCUUGUACCAGCUGCUGUACGCUACCUUGUAGACACAGUUACACCACAUGUUACUUAUCUUUCAUAUAUAUAUAAAUAUAUAUAUAUAUCUAUAUAUAUUUGCUGGUUACACUUUUUCUUUUUAGAUUUCAAUUUAAAGCAGGAGAUCUGAAAGACUUUAGGGUCUCAGACUGAUGAGACAAUCAGACCUUACAAGGCGCUUUUACUGUUUUGUUUUCAGAUGACGCAAAGGCUGAUUCUUUCCUCCAGGUACACAGGAGCAGGGCAGAAAUAUGACCGCACCCAACUGUCUUUCUGCUUGUUUUUAAUCCUUUCUUUUCGGGAAUCAGCUGUGAUCUGAGACUCCAUUCGGUGUUUUGUUUUGUUACCUUUUCGAUGGGGAUGACGUAGGCAGUGAUGCGUCUGUUUUCGCUUAGUUUGGAAGAGUUUGUACAACUUAAAGGGUUUUUAUUGUGCAGCUACCAGGCUAGUGCCAAAUGUUGAUUAUUGUCACAGCGCAGACGUGCAUAGCUGCGGAAAUGUUCCCUGGAGCUCCAACAGGAAAUGGCUAGAGUCCUCCUAAUCGACUGAACAACCACACAAGAACUGCCUUGAAUACUCGAAGGAGAAGAAGAAAAAAAUCUACAAGAAUAGAAGGCAAAGGAGUAUUACGCGAGUUUCAGUAUUCAGUUUCUUUAGAAAAAUACCAAAUAACUUGGUCGCUCUUCUGCUAUUGUUUAUAAUCAAAAUGUUAUUAUAGUAUAGUCCAAAUAGUUCUAUUAUUAUCAUUGAGAAAAUGAUAAAUCUUAUGGUUUGGAGUGAAAUAUGUUUAACUGUCUUUUGUAAACACUUAUUUUUCCAUAAAUUCUAUUUUAGGUGUUUGGUGCCACAAAGUACUAAAUAAAUAAAUGAUUCUUCUCGUCGACUGACAUCAACAGUAUGUAACUCGUAUUGUGUAAAACGUCAUGGGAAAAAUUUUUCAGCAGCAACGGGAGCACGUUUUGAAGGAAAGUGAAGUAUUUGGCUGCUGAAGCUGGCGGGCAGAGCGAGUAGACUCACUGCUGUCAUCGCCUCUUAUCGCCUGCAGGGGGAGCCUGACCUGUUCUCUACUCUUACCUGGCAGGACGCUUUAAAGCAUCCAGUGACCCGGUGUGAACGGAAGGGCGUAUUUAAAGACCGAAAGAGGGGGAAAAAAGCUUGUUGCAGAAGCAGGAAGUUUGUCAGAUAUUUUGUUUGUUAUCCCUUUGGCUUAACUGCUUCACCACUAUUUAGAUAGCAUAUGAUGUUUUUGUAAGAUCUCUACCAAGUGAGAUGAUGUUGAUCUGACUCCUCAUUCCUGCUUCACUCUUUUAUCGGAGCUGACCUCUGAACCCGCAGUGUCUCUGUUCUUUGCUUCAUUUAGAGCAGUCGUAUGCGCUUCACGUUGAGAUGUCUUUGAUUUUUAACUUUUUAUUUUUUAAGCAGUUUUUUUUCUUUUUUUUUUUUGGUACUGAUUGCGGAGUGUUCAGAUCGGUGUGAGGAACGUCUGAACUUAAACCGGUCAUCUGUCGUCCCAGCCGGCCCCCGGGUCACUCCUGGGUUUGUGUCCACUGAUGACACGUCGUGUUUAUUCUCCGUCAGGGCUGAGGGAGUCACCUUCAUUGUUUUCAUGUAAAUAGCUGCAUCGGAGGUUUUAGUUGGAACCGUUUUUAGCCACACUGCAAUCGUCCCGGUUUGCCUUAGCUUACCUAACCUGGGCUUACAGUAGUCGUCCGUCACUUCUAGCCCGACCUUCAGAGAGUUUGAUUGGUGUGCAGCGCGAGGAGCUGCGGCCCGUCAGAGGACCAUUCUUUUUCUAUUCUAACCUGUAUUUAGUUUGACCUCCUGUAUGUGCAAAGAUGUUUAUCCUUUUGGUAUAGAUUGUUCCAGAUGGCAGUUUAAGCAAUAAAAAAAGGUAAAAAGUCA